AUGACUUUAUACUGUGUUGAAUUUGAGGUUUUAAGGACUUCCAAGGCUUGUCACAAAUUGCCGCCCUACAAUUUAUUGAUAGAAGGUGAUCGCAUAGUAGUACGCUGUGACGUGGAAGCUUUCAUCCAGGACUUUGCUGCCUCCACAGACAACAAUCUAACUUCAUCAACUUUGAAAUCUAAACAUCACAAUGACUCGUUAUACAAUAAACUAGACUUAGGCACCAGUUCGACGGAGGAGGAUUUAAAUGACAGUGAUGAAAAUAUGAUCGACAAUAGCAGCAGCAGCAGUAGUAGUAGUGAUGAACAUGAUGAUUACGAUACGGCCUCAUUAACGAUUAAAACUACAUCCACUACUACCACAACAACGACUACAACUACUACCACACCUUAUCCACCGCCACAAUCUAUACAGUAUCAUUGUCGUGGCGAGGGUUUACCCGGUCGCACUACAAGAUGGAGUGCUUUGGCAGCGCCCUCAUGCCGAGGCAAAUGGUUGAGAUUGACUCUCGAUACACCGAAAAAAUGUACACAUGCACAGUUUAUAUUCGUUUAAGGCAGAGCGUAAGCGGUAU